AGUUUCUUGUAAAACAGCUGACCCUACUCCCUGCAUUCCUGGGGGUGGAGAGGCUCCACCCAUCCCAACUCGAGCCCUUAAGUGGUGGGGAGGCAGCGCCACAGUUCAGAAAACCUCUUCUCUAGGUUUGGCUCCUCUGACUGCUACUCACCCUGCACACCAUGGAAAGCAUCCUAGCCUCUUCCCUCCUUGCCAAGGUUACAUCAGUAGCGACCCUGGCCAAAGCUGGAGGGGCUGCCUCUGGCAGUUUCCUGGCCGGAUUGUCAACCACGGGGCUCACUCUGACAUCCAAGGCUGCCCUGGGCUCGGCUGCAUCAACCGUGGGGUCCCUGCUGGGAUCCCCUGCUGCAGCCCUGACUGCUUUGCCAUUUGGAGCCAAGGCUGCUGCAGCAGUGAUCGGAGGAGCUGUCACCGUCGGUGCAGUGCCUGUGGUGCUGGGCGCCGUAGGCUUCACUGGGGCAGGAAUCACCGCCUCCUCCUUAGCGGCCAAAAUGAUGUCAGUGGCCGCCAUCGCCAAUGGGGGCGGAGUAGCUUCUGGCAGCCUGGUAGCGACUCUACAGUCCAUAGGAGCAGCUGGACUGUCCCUGUCAUCCAAAAUCGCCGUGGGCUCUGCGGGGUCUGCUCUGGUAGCCCUCGUGGUAUAGCUCCCUGUUCCUUCCAGCGCAGAGAAGAGGACAACUUGGGACCCUGCUCAGCAACCUGAUUCAAUGGGCACCAAACCUGGGGUAACAAUAUGCCAUAUGCUGUACCCCCUUGAAAAAACAAAGAAUAAAAAUGAGUUGUUGCCCUGGC